CCUCCUUUGUAAUGUGUGUGUUUAUAUAUUUUUUCGUGAUUAUUAAUGCGUUGGGUUACUGAUUCGUGGGUGAUUUGAUUUUUGCAUUGUUUUAUGUACAGAUUCGGCUUCGGUUUGUGGACUGUGACUGAGCGAAGCCAAAGGAACAUUUCACCUGUGUACGGUGAACUGGAGGUUGGCCAUCACUAUUCACUAUUCACCACCACAGGCUGACACAGGGAGGCAGGGCAUCGCUGUGGAUUUAGCGCGAGGGAACCCCAAGACAUGAGAAGCCAUGCUGCAAACAAGAACCUUUAUUCUACUAUUAGUGUGCAUCACUGGAGCAAAAUCAUGGCAGGACAGUAUAGAAAUAGCAGAUGAGCAUGUUGCUGAAAACACAGAAUGCCUGAAGAAUAAAGGUGCAGAGAAAUACCUUGAUGACGGUGAGACAUCAUGUAAGAAAUCAGCUGUGGUAAGUGAAGAAGGGGAAUGUUCUGCUGUAGAUGGUGCAGGUCAAGAUGAAGCAGAUUGUGGCACCUUCACGGAUGAGGAGGAUGACCAGAGUGCCUUGCUGAUGUUAGAACAAGAGGACCAGGAAUUUGCUGCAGAAGAUAAUGCUGCUCCUGAAGAAUGUCCUCAGCAAACCUCAGAGAAGGAUACAUGUGAAUCAGUAGAUAGCUCUCAAGAUUUACCUAAAGAAGAUCAUGAUGAUGAGCUUACCAAUGAAUCAGGUGAUGUGAAACUUGAAUCUUUUGUUCAAAAUGACACACUGCCUCAACCUACAGAGAGUGAUGAGAUUACUGUGCACAGAAGCAAUGAUGAUAUAGCAAGAACUGAUGAAAGUACUAUUGAGGAAUCAAAAAAGGAACUAGAAUCCGAACAUGAAAAUAUUCCUCUGAGAGAUAUUCUACUGAAACUUAAGCCAGAAGGUUUGACAGAUGAUGAGGAGGAGCAGUCAUCUGACUACUCAGUGUCAGAAUCCAAUAUGGAGGAUGAAUCUGAGGUUGAAGAAGAAGCUCUUGUCUCAUCUGGUUCCCAAGAGAAACAGGAACAGAAUCUUGACAGCAAUGGAACAAAAGGCUCAACUGAUAGCAAUGGUGCCAACAGUUCUGGUGGAAGCAAAAAGGCAGUGUGCUCUGAAGUCAAUGCAACAGAUGCCAUUGAUGAUGUAGAGGUGAUCAAUGCCACUACACUGUUGAAAUUGCUGCAGGUGGAUCCCAAUGUGACCAGCAGGUCAUCCUCUGGUCCCUGCUAUCUCAUUUAUUUCUUCAGCCCCUACUGUCCAUUUUCCAUCAUGGGUUCCCCUUAUGUCAAUGCUCUUGCUCGCUCUGUGCCAAACAUUCCUGUGUUCGGCCUGGAUAGUAUAGAGCACCAUAGUGUUAAUGCUCGUUAUGGAGUGAUGGGAACCCCAACACUGCUGCUUUUCCAUAAUGGGAAUGGAGUUGGCAGGUACAAUGCUUCAGAAUACUCAGUGGCACAGCUCAUGUCCUUCAUCAAGCACUAUACUGAUCAAGAAUUGACAGACAUCAAUGUCACUUCUUCAGAUUUUAGGGCUAAAUUACCAUCUCAGCUGGCAGAAGCAAGACCCUAUGCACUCUGGGCUGCAUGGAUCUUCCUUCUAAGUUUUGCCUCAUGGCUGUUUCUGACCUCAGAGCUGUGUGCCAGACUGACAGAAGCAAUUCUUAACAACUGGAGGGAGGCAGAGGCUCAAAAUGACCAUCAGGACUGAUGAAGUCUUUUAGUAAUCUAGGUCAGUCAGGGCAGAUCUAGUCAGCAGGAAACUGUUGAGGAACAGUUUCAAAGAAUGGUUAUGUGAAUGAAGACUAUUUUGUCACAGCUAUCUCACUGGUAGAACAAGAAAUCAUUUGAUAUACUAGAUGGACAGGUAGAGAAACAAAUAUACCAGUAGAUACAAGAGGAUGAUCUUUAAUGAAAUAGGUAAAAUGAUUGAGUCAGUAAAUUGUUCGGAGCAACUGGAGACUCCUGUUUUGAGUACAAUCAUUUUGAUGAGAGGAAGAGCUAUUGGAGACAUUUCUAUCAAAAUCACUUUUUAAGUGAUGAAGGGGGUAGCUAAUGAAAUAGACAAAUAGUGACUAGUGUUUUUAGAAACUAUCAACAAGGCUAUGGAGGACCCAGUUGGCAGAAGCCAGUAACAUCUGACAAGUGAGGUUUUGACAUAAUAAUAAUGGAAUGCCAGAGCUGGAAAAGAUAGAGACUUUCCUGUUUCCUGAAGUACAUAAGGAAUCAGAGUAUGUAUGACAGGUAAUACCAGAAUUAUAUCACAUUUUCAUACAUGACUAGAAAAUGUGUUACUGUGUAUUUUUUGUGUGUUUUGUGCACUGUAACUUGAAACACUUGCACAACUAUGAAAUAUAGUUAUGGACUUUCUUGUUCUGAUAGUAUUAAAUUCUUAUAUCCAGGUCCAUCUUUGAUGUGAUGGUUGAUAAUUACCAGAACACAAAACAUCACAUUGAUGAGCAGUAUUAGAAAAAAAUAUAUUUGCUAAACAUUGUAAUGAAAUUCAUAAUGGAAAGUAAGAUGUUGAAUAUGUUGAGAUCCUCACAAAUUAUUUGCAAAUAGCAUAUAUAAUAAGGAAAACUUAGAAAGACUGGUUUCAGAUUGGAUAAGUUUUGCCAUGGCAUUUCAUUAGAGAUAACAUAUUUCCUGUGUAAGAAUGAAAUGACGUACUACUGGAUGUCUGUUAUUAUGGCCUCACAGGCACUCUUGACAGCAAAUGCCGGUUCUAUUCUGUCUUUACUCAGCCUUUCUCUAUGGUUUACUCUGGACACCAGACACAGCAGCCUCUACUCAGGUCAGCUUUCUCUAGACUAUAUCCUAUAGCCUUGCAUUGGACAAAUACACAUUACUCCAGGCAACUCAUAGGCUGUAACCAUCAGAAGCCAUAAGGUUGCUAUCCCUGCCUCAAGACACAGAAGAAAUACAAGUCCAAAACUCGCUCCCACUGCUGAAAAGGACUCAGCAGUCAUGUGCUUGGAAGGACAAGUAGAAAAAAUUAAUGCCAUACAAUUUUGCACAAUAUUCUAUGGACAGCCACCUUCAAGACAACAGCCACCGACUGUCUUCAGAAUGUCACCCCACUCAGAACUGUGUUAAGUUCAUUUCAAAUCUCUCCAAAGACUUAGAAGUUAGUGGGUCAAGAGAGAAGAGACCACCGAACACAAAGCAGCAUUUUACAACAAAAACACACAAAACAAUAACAGCAAGAACAGCCAGUAACAUUCAUGUAACUAAAAGGAACACAAGACAAGAAAAUCAGCUUGACUCAAGCAAUGGAACAACUCCAGAUAGGACUCCACUGAGCCUGGUCAGACAAGGGAUGCCAACCAAUCAAAAAAUUUGAGGCUUGAGAACAGCAUACUUAGUGUACUUAGGUCCCCUAUAAUGGCCCAAAACAAUAUUCUAAACCAAGAUAUAUAACUAAUACCUGGCCCUUUAUCUAACAUAAAUAACAUGGACACACUAAAUAUAACCAUUUCCUCUUGUCCUGACAAUGAAUCAUCUGUUGAACUUGUAGUGCAAGCCUAGAACUAGGAGCCAAGUGCAGUGGAGCAUUCACAUAGUACCCAUCUGACCAUUGCUGUGGAGAAGCUGGCUGAAAGACGACCCCCCUCACAGGAGGCACACAGCUUUCACACUCUCCCAUCUCAAAAUGUCUGAACUUCACAAAAUCAUUCUAAGGAAUUUGUGAGUUGCUAUCACAACAAGAAAAAAUUUUUUUUAGAAAAGAUGAACACUGUUUACUACAAAAAGAUUGCAGUAAAAAUGUAUAUAGUAUAUAAUACACAUCUAAAGUUCACUGCUGCUUGUCUUCUCAACCCUGAUGCAGGUGACACACACAAUAAAUCAAUUUCCUGUAACAGUCAUUUGAGUUUUUGUCAUGAGAUAAUAGAUUGUUGCACAAGUAAUCUUUGCUCAGUGUGUGUGUGUGUGUGUUUGUGUGUGUGUGUGUGUGUGUGUGUGUGUGUGUGUGUGUGUGUGUGUGUGUGUGUGUGUGUGUGUGUGUGUGUGUGUGUGUGUGUGUGUGUGUGUGUACAUGCAUUGGAGGGGAGCGGGGGAGGCACUAUGUCUGUUAUCCACCUUCUGAGGGGUGUCAGUCCAUAUAUUAUAUAAAUAGAAAAAGGAAAUGGAUAAUCUUAUGUAGAACAACAGUCCAAAAGCGUCCUGACAAAUUCUAGGUGUUACAGUUCAGAAUGGAGGUUAAAAACUUUUAUGAAAUGUAUAUUGUGGAAAUUAGUUGGCUGCUAAGAAUUAGAACAAUAUUUGAUUGGUAUUUGCAGUAUUGGAGAUGACAGUUCUUACAUGUAGGAAUGAAAUGAACAACUAAAUAUUUGGCAUUUGAGUUUUGUGGUGAGAUAAUAGUGUUGCAUUGCUGAUCCUUGUUCACCAUUGAAAAAUGGAGGUGCAUGCAUGAUUAUGUAGAAGUGAGUGAAAAAUUCCAGUGCAAAUGAAGAUUUUGGUUGAGACAAUGCCUUGAAUGAAUAUUAUUUGUUAUAUGUAUAUAGAUAUGUAGUUUAUGAUGGUGAUUGAAAUGUAAGCAAAGGAUGGGGAGAAUUGAAGCAUGUUGUGAAAACUUGGAAAGUACAUGUUAUCUGUUUUCAGAUGAUCUGUAUAUAAAGAUAAAGAUCACAUGUGAAUAUGGUCUGCUUACCAUAUGACUAUAUGUUUAGUUAAUUUUUUUUCUCAAAGACUUAAUGUUUAGAGAGAAGUUACAAUUUAUGUAAACAUAUUUUGGGGAAAUUGUUGUAGCACAGAAAUGGAAAUUACUAUGAAUGAAAUGCUGAAAGAAUAAUAUCAUAAAUGUAAUUUGGAAAGGAGGGUAGUGAGGGAAUUACAGAUUUGUUCUACAUAAUGAAGUAAAUGUAUUAAAUAAUUGUAAAGGAAAAGAAAGAAGUGACUGAGAUAUGCUAAGACUUAAGUGUCUGCAGAACAAGUGGAGGUUCUUCUGUUAUGUCCACCCCUUCAUAUCACAAGGGACAGGCUUCAGAUUUUAAUGAUUUAAUGCAAGUGUAAAAGUUGAUUGACCCACAUAUAGAAUGUUCAUGAUUCAGAAGUAUUUUUGAUAGUUGCAAAUAGUGAAUGACAUUAUGUAUAUUCACUUUACUAUACAGUGCUGUCCAUGAUGAGAGUCUUUAUCAACACACCAAACUAGUAUACCCCUUUGAAAGAAGGUAGCUAAGAGGUUGAUGUACAUAUACUCACAGUGACAUCUUUAUAUCUUAGUCUUUAUGGGACAGCAGACCAAUUCAAUCUGACUACUUUGUGUGAAGGUCAGUUGUGUACCAGUAUAUCAGAAUCUUUCUGAAUUGGCCCAUCAGUAACCUACCAUUUUUAAACUGUGCAGAUGUUUCAAUAAGGUAUGUCCUACAGUCACAAACAUUAAUUUACCACUGGCUUAAAACUAAGAAAAUAGAGACCAAUACUUUUAUGAUAUACAAUACAUAUAGUGUCCUGCCAUAUUCAUUUGGUGCCUCUGUUGUAAUAAGACAUAUUUGAGAAAGUAAUAUGGAAAGCAUAAAUAUAACUGUUAUCUGUCCAUCUUUAUGACUGUGCUAAUGCUUGUGUCUGGAAAUUUUAUCAAGAAAAGUCUCUAUUUAUUUUCUAUAUCACUCAUCAUUGCAUAUUUAAUCUUCACUUUCUCAACUUUCACCUCUCAAAUAUAUCUAAUUCUUCACUCUGAAAGUUUGUACAGGUAAUCCUCCCACACAUGCAUCAUUUAUUCUUAAUUCUUGUGCAUUCUCAUCAUUCCAUUGAAACCUAUUUUCCCUUAAGUUAUCAAACAGGCUCAGGAUAGUCUGUUCUACCAACACUAUUGUCUUAUAAUACAUUGCUUUGCUGUAUUAGACUCAUGAAACAUUCACUUGUACAUAGAUUUUCAUAUUUUCAUUAUUCAUUCAAUUCCUUUUCUGUUUCAGUCCAUUGUGUGUAUUAGUGUCGAAAUGCUAUUUAUGAUAUCUAUAAAAAUAGUAAUGCUUUUCUUGCUUUGUUUUAUGAAUUUUCUUUAUGUUUAUUGUUAUUGUUUUGAUAUACAAGUAAUUUACUAACCUAAUGCAGCUUCUCUUCGUAUGCUUCUAUGCAUAUAUGGAAUCAAGUCAGGAUGUGUAUUUUCAGCAUAUUUCACAUUGCUUUUUAAUUGCAUUCUUCAAGUUGUAAUGUAGAAUCAUGCCACUCUAUUUUUUUUCUCUCAUAUUGUUGUCUUUUGCAAUACAGGUUUGCUGCAAGUUUAUAUAUAUUGAUCUUUUUCUAUGAGAAUAUUUCUUACUUUCAAGUUCAUGUACAUAUUAUGAUUACCUGUGAGUUGUGCACUUUACUUUCUCCACAUCUAGAUAGAUAAGUUACAUCUAAGCUGAUCACCAUGUCUAAAAAAUGCAGAAAAUUAUCAAAAUAUCUAAUAUGUGUUGAAAAGAGCACAAAUAGCAAAGAAACUGGACUUAUUGCUUAUCAAUAAAUCAGACUUAUGUCUGAAUAAACUAGA